AUGGUCAAGUUCUUACUUAAAGUAUUCGGUGAAUUGACGAAUGUCACCGAUUUAGAGCCAGUUGAUACACCCCAAUCACCCUACGAAUACACCUUUCAAAUAGAAUGCACCAAAUGCAGAACCGUCCACGAUAAAGAAGUGCACAUGAAUCGAUUUGAGCACCAUGAGAUCAGUGGGUCUAGAGGUGAAGCAAGUUUUGUGUUUAGGUGUAAAGAGUGCAAGAACGAGCAUUCUGCAAGUAUAUUGAGAACUGGCGCAAAAUUGGAAGCCGGUGCUAGCAAAGCUGUGAGUAUAUUGGAGAUUGACGCAAGAGGGCUCGAUUUUAUCAAGUUUGUACCAGAUGGGAAAUUCCAAGCUGUGGGUGAGGAGACAGGGACUAAGUUUGAUGAAGUUGAUUUGGAGGAUGGAGAAUGGUAUGAUGUUGAUGAGAAGACAAAUGAAGAAGUGUCGAUAGUUGACGUCAAGUGGACCAUUUCGCGCUCGUAG